GCAGAAGUGAGGGGCCAGGCGUUGGUGCUCUGUUGCGGCGGCAAAACCAAAGUAGUUUGCGACAGAGGGGACGAUAGCUGGUGCCCUUUGAUCUCUCGCGAGAGGGCGGUCUGGUGUACGUCUGGUGUGGAGAGAUGAGCCGAAGGCGAAAUGGGCAGUACCUGUCUGACGAUGUCCUGAGAGCCUUUUCAAGGGUGGGUACUGCUGCCGGCAGGUGCCCCCUGCUGUGCUGCACUGUGUGUGCGCGUGUGUGUGUGUCGGUCAGGGUGUGGACGCCGCGCGAAGGGGCGAGGUGUCGGACCUGCUGCACAGGUUGCGGACACUGCAGUCGCGCGACACCGACAGUGGUGAUGGUGAUGAUAACGUCGACACGAGAGGCAGGGGGAACGGUGAGUGCAGUGCAGUGUGCAGUGCAGUAGAGUACAGACUCUCACACAGACGCACCCACUGUGGCUCGGCUCUCCGGUUGUUGAUGCAAUCAAUGCAGAUGUACAGGCGGCCGAGGAGAGAGGCAGGGGCAGGAGGCGCGUGCACGGCCGGGUGGACGCUACCGCUAUCGAAGGCAAACGGCUCGCUGAGCUGCUCGCCCAGAACUGCGGUGAGGUAGAGAGGAAGAAAGAAACAAAGUAGAAAAGUGGCUCGAUUGCUGGGCAUGGUUAUUUAUUGCCCUCCUGGUGUGUGUGUGUGCCUGUGUGCGUGUGUGUGUGUGGCCAUUCAUUCAGGUGCGUGUCUGAUGGAGAUGCGUGACAGCGAUGCGUUCGCGUCGACGUCUGCUUCUGCUUCUGCCUCCGCUUCGGCCAGUGCCACCAGCGCCAGUGCUGAGAGUGCGAGGGCCGAUCAGCUGGGGCUGAUCGACUCGUGUGAGCAUGUCUUCCACACCUCAUGCAUACAGGUGGGCGGGGCGGUUUACCAACACACGUACACAAGUGCGACCCACAGGCAUCGGUGCUUCUCCUUGUGUGUGGGGUGUGGGGUGCGCGAUGUGUCAGCGUUGGUGCGCCAAGGAGACUUCUUGCCCACAGGUUGGUUGGUCCUUGUGUGCGGGAGGGAAAGCAUCUACAUAUUCGUUCGACCCUCUCUGUUUGCCUGAUUUCUUGUCCCCCCCGUCGUCAACUGUUGUCUCAGUGCAAGCGGCCCUGUUGCGCCAUCAUAUCCUAUAACAAGGCCGACGGCUCGCACAUCGACACUGUAAGCUAAGCGGUGGCUCACUCGUACACGCACACGUGCGUCCGCUCGAUGGAUGGAUGGAUGGACGGACGCCCCAUGCCUGUUUGUUACUCGUGCAGGUGUUUCUCGAAUCCCGCCGUCUGGUGGACUCCCCCGACCUCUAUGACGACCUCAGUGACCACAGCCUCGGGGACGACCAAGACGCCGCUUCCGACACUGACACAGACAACACAGAGACCACAGAGACGACGGAGACGACAGAGAGGGACUCGGUCCACAGCAUGAGACACAUGAAUAUGGAGCGAGACGAUCGCAGCAGCAGCAGCGGCAGCAGCAGCAGCGGUGACGGCCGGUCGGUCAUCGAAGUGGACGACUCGGUGCUGCAGGAAAUGGCCGCCAUGGCCGUACAAGCACAGCCACAGGCGCAGGGCGAGGCCGACUAUGAUUGCGAUGACGGUACGUAUGCCCGAUCUCCAUCCAUCCAUCCCAUCCAUCUGUCCACACGUGGCUGGUUGGCUGGAUGGCUCAGAUGUGUUGUCUGGGAGUGAGUCAUCGUAUGAUGGGCGAGAGGAUGACCAGCAAGAGGAGGACGACGACUGGCAGCAGUGGAUGCCCGAACCAGGUACGCCGCAGCUCAGCUCGUGUCCCUUUGUGUGUGUCCGCCUGGCCUGGCCCUUCCCCAUUUGUGGGUGUGGGUGUCUGUGCCUGCAGGUUCUUGCCCUCGGAUCGACAUUAGGUUGCGCAGACAGCCCCCCGCCGACCUUCUUUCCGGCGAUUUUGACCACUUGAUCAUUGCUCAUGGCGAGGACAGCGACAGCGACCGUGACAGUGAUGCUCUGUCUUUAUCUGAAAUCAGCUAGCUGAUGGAUCUGAUCUAUGUAUGGGUGGGGGAAACGUACAUCUGUUUUGUUCGUAUGCGUGUGUGUCGGUCGGCACGGCAUCGAUGGAAUAAAGUCUUUUUUGCGCAUCGAUGGACGCAAGGAUGCGAGCACACACACAUGGAUGGAGGGAGGGAUGGAUGGAUGACAGAAAUCUUUUGUUGCCCGGCGAGAGUGUGCGUGUACCAUAACUUUUUUCGCGUGGGUAUGUUCGUUCGUGUCGUCCUCGGAUUGAACUGACACCUACAGAGAGAGUGCCGAG